AUUUAAAAAUCUCUUUUAAUUUGAUUAUAAUUUGGUUUGUAAUUUUCUAUAUAUUUUUGUUAUCAUUUGGUUUGAUUAAUUUGUUUUGGAGAAAUUUGGUUUCAGUUAAUUUGGUUUGGUUUGUGACUGAACCGACCGAUACACAUCCCUAUCUUUCGGGUUUUUAUGGAUCUAAUUAUAAUUGAAACAUACUCAUGAGAGAGUGGUUCACUAUGAACCCGGUCUAGGCAAAAUUUUCAGGGAGAUGGAUUGCAAUAAGUUUUAACUUCACUGAUGGGGAAAGUGUGAGGGCUGUAAACACGAAAGACAUGUCACAAUCCCACACAGUUUCUCCAUUGAAUUUGGUGCAUUUAUAGCUGGCCCUUCCUCUCCCACUUUUAUGUUCUAGUACAAAAAUUCUCUUUAAGUAAUUACACAUUAACAUAAUGUUCCAAUGUCUGAUUAUUUCAUAGUCAACAUAAUUAUGCAUUAUUGCUUCAUCUUUACAUCCAUAGUCUGCAUUCUAUAAUAUUAAAUUCUUUGGAGUUUGCAUCAGAUCCAGACCUACCAAAGAAAUUUUAGUUCCAGUUGUAUUAAUACGCAAACCUUUUUUUAUUAUUCAAGUCAUUAUAGUCUUGGAGACUAGUGAAAAGGUCUGGUUGGAUGUAUACUUACACAUGGUAGGUUCCCAUUAGUUAAAAGCCAGAGUCAGAGUUGGAUUCGUUGGUUGUUUUUUUAUGUGAAAAUUGAGAAAGUAGUUUAAGAUUAUUGCUGGUUUGUCAACCUCUACCCCACUUCUUGGAGCAGUUGGAAAUCAUCUUUGUCUCUUUAACAACUUUAUCACUACCACAUUGUUUUUAUACACAUAAUGUCUUGUUUUUCCCUGCCAACUUUCCAUCUAUCUAGUUCUGAACCUACUGAUUAUUGACAUAAUAAAGCUUCUGGUUCGGAAUAUCCUGAUUCUGGCAUUCCAGUUAAUUAUCUCUCAUGUUAAGUAGAGUGACCAAGAAACUGUGGCAGUUCUGUUCAAGGAUAAAGUGCUUAAUAUGGAAACGUCCAAGGUCGAAAGUUAUCAUCAGAAGGUUCGGAAAAACCUCAAAAGAUCGAUGUAAAUGGAAACCCGGUAUCCAUAAAGCUUCCCUCCAUGGAAAUGCCAAAAUGGAUAAUUCUAGCUCAGAAAGGCCAAUUCGAAUUGCUACAUUCAAUGUUGCUAUGUUCUCUCUUGCACCCGCAGUUCCAAAGUCUGACGAAUCAGCUGUUUUCGGCAGCCAAGGUCAAGAGGAUUUCACGUUUUUCAAGAAUCCCAUAGAUAUGCAUACUCAAGCUAUUUCUGUGAAUCAUCAUCCCAAGAGUAUACUCAAGCAGUCUCCUUUCUGUGCUGCUGGCCUGACGAGUAGUAGCCCGGAGCAGCUCUCACCGCCACAAAAGGUCUUGAAACGUAAGGUUUCGAUUAAUCUUCCUGACAACGAGAUUUCAUUAGCGCACAACAAACUUCUUAGCUUUGUGGAAGAUGAAAAAAUGGGAUCCUCAAAUAUUAUUGCUAGCAGAAACUAUAGAAGCAGCGUCGUCUUGAGGUCACCUGUUUGUCUGCCUGCAAAAUUUCCGAGUCAUUUCACAGAUGAAGAGAGCUUGAAAAGCAGCAGAAGCAUUUUCGAAGUGCUUAAAGAAGUGGAUGCUGAUGUUUUAGCUCUUCAAGAUGUUAAAGCACAGGAAGAAAAUGGCAUGAGACCUCUUUCGGAUUUGGCUGCUUCGUUAGGGAUGAAAUACGUGUUCGCUGAGAGCUGGGCCCCAGACUAUGGAAAUGCCAUUUUAUCAAAAUGGCCGAUCAAGAGGUGGAGAGUUCAAAAGAUUGCCAAUGAUGAAGAUUUCAGGAACGUGCUAAAAGCUACAAUUUCUGUUCCUUGGGCAGGAGAAGUAGACUUUUACUGCACUCAACUUGAUCAUUUGAAUGAAAAUUGGAGAAUGAAACAAAUAAAUGCAAUAAUACAAUCAAGCAACUCCCCCCACAUAUUGGCCGGAGGUCUCAACUCGUUGACAGGAUCCGAUUACGCACCAGAGAGAUGGAUGGACAUUAUCAAGUACUAUGAAGACAUCGGAAAGCCGAGGCCGAAAAUCGAAGUAACCAACUUUCUAAAGGGAGAAGAGUACAUAGACGCAAAGGAUUUUGCAGGGGAAUGUGAGCCAGUAGUUAUUAUUGCCAAAGGCCAAAAUGUUCAAGGAACUUGCAAGUACGGCACAAGAGUGGAUUAUGUUUUAGCAUCUCAAGACUCACCUUUCAAAUUUGUUCCAGCAUCAUACUCUGUGAUUUCGUCAAAAGGUACUUCUGAUCAUCACAUAGUUAAAGUUGAGAUUAUAAAAGAAAGAGAGGCUAUUCAAGCGAAUGCCAUUGGACGAACCCAGAAAUCCAAGCAGAAAGUUGUCACGAUUACGAAUCCGUGGCCUUCUAAAGGCAUAUGGAAGUUAAAUUCCUGAAAAAUGCCAAAACGAAAAAUGUAGUUUCAAAAUAGGUUAUAACUAUAGAGUUUCAGUAGAUUUUCCGGAAAUGGAAAUGAAAUGAAACAUCAAAACAUAUGUUUCAAGAAGUUUCCAUGCAACAUAGUAAAUUAAAAUUAUUUUGAUUUUGAUCA